GCAGCAGAGUGACGUCAGCAGCCGCUCUCCCUCAGCUCCCCGCUGACCGAGCUACCCAUCUUGUUCGGUAGGGGGCGCUGUGCACGUCUGCAUUGCAUUACAUUGCAAACGUGCGGGAAAACUGAUUGAAUUGCCGGUGUGGGUCUGACUAUUUGGACGCAGAGUAAGCAACCACAAUGACCAAAACAGUGGCAGAACUACUGAGGGAGGCCGCUGCUGCUUUAGAACAAGUUCCUUCUUCCAACGCACCUGUGGCAACGCCGAAUGCUCCUGAGCGCCGUAACAAUGCUCGAGCUGAGGUUUUGAGGUUGUUUGGUCCUUACCCUGCACGAGGUGUACAACGGAAGUCAACCUCACUAGCCACCAUGACCAAAAAAUGUAAAAAGACCACAUACACUCACGCUUUCUUCUGCCUGGCUAAAAGAAAGGACAGUGAUAUCCCAACCGCAGCAGCAAAAAGAACGCUUGAAAGGGCAGGAUUAGGGGAAAGGAAAAUCACAUUCCCAGAUAAAUACUGUGGUGCAUCUGACUUUUCUGAUCACAUAGAGUUGAACUUUCCACAACUGAAGUACUGUGGUCGGUUUCAACUCCUGCGGAGCCGGGGCUCUACAAGGUCCAAGGUCUUGGAAAUCAUUCCUUGCCCACAGAAUGGGUAUACUCCAGAAGGCCUGUGUAGCAAAGAACUUGGAGUGGGGGCAGCUGUGAUUUACAUAAGGCCACUCCAAAAAGAUAUUUGUUACUAUUGUCUCAUUUAUGCCAGGAUCCUCCCAGUUUGACCCCCACUCCUCAAACAACUGGACCACUGGUGGAAUGUGUCUACUGUGCAGAGAUAUUUAGCUUCUCUGAGAUUCAAGGCCACAAUGACUGUUGUGAAAGGAAAAAUAACUCCAAGAUUCAAAACCCUUGAGAAUACCCAGGCAGGAACCUCAGCUGCUGCUAGCUCAUCAAGCAACCAAAAUCCACUUGAAGAAAAUUAAAGUAGUAGCUCUGAAGAAUGGACAACAGAGCCUGAUUUUUACAAGGCAGCCAACAUGUUUUGCCAUCACUUGCUCAGCAAUGCUGAACUCAAGCCAGGAUUGGUUGCCAGGCUGGACCUCGGAUCCACCGAGGAAGAUCGUGAAAGGGAGAUUCUGACUUUCUACAAAAAAACGGGAAUUGACUGGGCAAGCCCAUUUUCUGUUAUACUGACUGGUGAUGCAGCUAUUGGAGAUGAUGUAAAACAGCAUUUCCUGUCUAUAGUAAUGGAAAAAAUCCAGUUUGGUUUCAACCUUGACUUUGAGAACACUGGCAGAACUCUUCUGUUCAAUGGGACAGGCGAUCACAAGGUCCCAUCCACUUCCAAAGCCCUGAUUGAUGGAGACCUUUUCCGAGUAGCUGGACGUGCCAUAGGACAUUCUUUUAUUCAUGGAGGCCCUCGAUUGACUGGACUGAGUCCAGCAAUGUUGCAGCUAAUUGUUGGAAGUAAUCAGGAGUUUGCUGCACUUGAGCUUGCUGACUGCCCUGAUACAGAUGUCCUUGAUGUGCUUGAUAGUCAGCGAGAACAGGAACGAUGUGAGGUGAACAACUUAGCCUUUGGCUGGGAUCUUCCUCCCAUCAACGAUAACAACAGGAGGUGGUUGGCAGAGAAAAUUCUACAGCAUGCGGUCAUUGAACGGAGAAGAGCACAAAUGAAGCAGCUCCGUAAGGGGCUGAAAGAGAGCGUUGUUCUCACUAUGAUUAAAGAGCGUCCAGCCCUAGCCGAGGUACUUUUCCCAAAAUCAGCAGAACAAGUGAUGGACUCACAGACCAUCUUGAAAAGGAUCAUCUGGCCAAUGCCAGAUAGUGAGGAUGAGGAUGACCACAGCAACGUGGAGGAGACAUGCUUGGUGACAGGCUUUUUGAGAGAUUACAUUGAAAAAGGAACUACAACAACUCCUGAAGUUCUGGACAGGUUGGAGUAUACCUUUAUGUUGAAGUAUCUCCAGAAAUUACUCUGCCAGUCGCUUCAACCUGCCUCACAACGUUGAAACUCCCACUGAAGUGCCAAAGUUACCAGGCGUUCAAAGAAAACCUGGAAGCAUCUGUGAGAUCUACGGACUUUGGGUUUGGAAUGAUCUGAGAUCUGCUUUAAAGCAGAGGUAGGGAGUAGGAGAAACCUAACUCCCACAUUUCCAUGUCUGGUUUAUAGUUUUUGUAAAUUUUAGUGACGCUUCUCUUUAUUUUUUACCAGUUGGUGAAAAGAUAGUUCUACUCUCAUGUUGAAUAUAUUUGUAGUCAAUCAUACAAAAGUACCUCCAUAACGAACUACCCCCUUAAACCGUUUAAUAAUGUUGACAUUUUAAUAUCAUACAGUUAAGGAAGGAGUGUGAUAUUUUAUUGACAAAUGUUUAAGGUUGUGGAAUAAAGACAACUUCAAAAAGAAAAAAAAAAACAGUUUCUUGCUUCCAGAAUGCACCUAAAAUGCACACAACCUUUACAAGUGAACUUAAUUAACUCUAAUGUUGUUGCCAGUAUUUAAGAAUGCUGGGUUUAAUUCUUGCCAUAUCAGUAGUGGUUGUGGUUCUGGAUAGAGUGGAGGGGAGGACUGUGACUGUCACUGCAGCAACUGCUGUAGUGUGGCUGUGUAGAUGUCCAGUGCAUCCAAGAAGGAUGAACAUUGGGGUCAGGUAAGCUAGCAGUGUCCUCCUCUGUCAGAUGUUGCUGCAGCUCCACUUGCGGUACUUCAACUUGUUCCCUUUGAUCUCCAAUGUCAUCAAAUCCGUAUGGUCCAUCCCAAUCAAUACCAUAGUCUGCCUCCACCUCAACACAAAAGAGUAUUGGAAUUUAAAAUAUAGAAUAUUAAAUAAUAUAAAAUAUUUCAUAAACGUUGUAACUGUUUCAGAAAAAUAAGGCUUUGUUUGGAUACAACACAAUACAAAACAUAUCUUGAAAUGUUUCACUGUAAGUUUAACAAUUACAGUUUAAAAAUGUUAAACUAUGCAAUCAGCUCUCCUAAGCUUCAAGGAGUCAUCACCUGGUGUUUUAACAUAUCGUGUUUCUGUAAUUGUAUCAAAAUUACACAUGAGAUUUUGACUGGUCUGGAUGCUCAUUGUAAUAAUGGUAAUGAGGUGCACAAUUGAGAAGCUGUUCACGUCGGAGGCAAUGGACAGAGCUGGACCAGGGUUCGCUGCUGUCCCCCUCGCUUUCACAAAUUAAUUUUCUUGUAAUGUAUGUAUGCAUAAACAAAAAUGUUCAAUUUUCAGUCAAGUUUCAACUGAGGUCCAACUAUAAUAGAAAUGUUUUAACAAGGAAAAAUUAGAUUUUAAGGUGAUGACUCCUUUACAUAUUUAAUUUUUAAAGAAAUGUAGCCACAUAAUUUUAGGGUUUUAUAAUAUUUAAUUUAAAUGAUGACUCCUAAUAUGAUACACUCAACCAUUUUAACAUACCUCAUCAGGAUCCUCAAGGUUUCUGAAUGAUGCCCAGAGAUGGUAAGUAGAAUGGCUACCUGCUGUUCUCAGACUAUGAUGGUUCCAUGCAUCCACGAAGAAGGCCAGUUGCUUCUGUAGUUGAGGCAGAAAAGUCCAGUGGAGAGCAAAAAGAUGAUUUUCAUCAUCAGGAUUCAACAUUCCUUCGCUUUCCAGGUUUCGAAAGACAACAUGGAAUGGGUCCAGGACUUGGAUGUACACAUCUCUCCACAGGCGUUCAAUCCUGGAAGGGCAAGUGACAUGAUAAAGAAAAAAAAAAUAAACAAAUGGAAAAAAUGGUUUUGCUUUGAAUUAUAAUUGACAAAUUAAUAAUUAUGUUAUUUAAAAUUAGAAUUGAAGACAAAAAAAACCACGUUCAAAGAAAAGGUUGAUGUGCAUAAAAGUGGUAACUUUAGAUAGUCAUAGUAAUUUAGAUUGUGACAGACACUAAAGCUCCACUGAUGAAUGAGGUAUGGAAUGAAUAAAUCAGGGAACUGAACAGUGCAUUUGACCCUAUGCACAGUUUUAUAGAUGAGGCCCUGGUCUUGGUCGAGUACUCGCCUGAAGUGUGAAAAUACAAGCAAACUACACACUAUAAAGUUUGAUCUUUUAAGCUUUAUGUCAGUGGUCAGAGGAGAGAAGAUCGUAACAUCCAACAAUUAUGUGAAUAGAAAAGAAGAAAUAAAAAAAUAAAAAGUUUUGAAGUA